AUGUCGAAAAAUGGCACAAUAGCAGUGCCGCAGGCAAAACCGAGCACCUCAACAACUUCAAAAACACCUUUCCACUUCGCAGCCGGUCUUUGCUCCGGUCUCACCUCCUCUAUCCUCCUCCAACCCGCGGAUCUCCUCAAGACUCGAGUCCAGCAAUCCCAAGGAGCCUCCCUCCUCCCCACUCUCAAGGCAAUCCUCUCCUCUCAGAACCCCAUUCGUGGACUAUGGCGUGGAACACUUCCAUCAGCCCUGCGAACGGGCUUCGGCUCUGCUCUCUAUUUCACCAGUCUCAACGCAUUGCGCCAAGCCGUCGCGCAGAGCAACCCACUGGCUCUAGCUAGCCCCGUGAACGGCGCCAAGUCGUCAUCUGUCCUCCCCAAACUCUCCAACACAGCGAACCUCGCCACUGGAGCUGUUGCAAGAGUUGCCGCGGGCUUCGUCAUGAUGCCCGUGACCGUCCUCAAGGUCCGUUACGAGUCCGAUUAUUACGCAUACCGCAGCUUGAUGGGCGCAGGUCGAGACAUCGUACGGACCGAGGGUCUUCGCGGGCUCUUUGCAGGAUUCGGCGCCACUGCCGCCCGAGAUGCCCCCUAUGCAGGACUAUACGUUCUGCUAUACGAACAAUUGAAGCGUCGAUUGGCACAAAUGAACACGAAGUCCUCUAGUGACGGCACCACGGUAUCUAGCGUGUCAUCCUCAUCAAUUAACUUUGUCUCUGGCGCAGCGGCAGCAGGCAUGGCAACUGCAAUUACCAAUCCAUUCGACGCUGUCAAAACCCGGGUGCAGCUCAUGCCCGCUAAAUACGGGAACAUGGUGCAUGCUACGCGCCUUAUGCUCCAAGAAAAUGGCCUGCGCAGUCUCUUUGGUGGUCUCGGACUCCGUAUGGGCCGCAAAGCCAUUAGCUCGGCGCUUGCCUGGACCGUUUAUGAGGAGCUGAUCCUGCGCGCUGAAAAGCGCUGGGAGUCCAAGCACCGGAUGGGGCUAUAG